GAGCAUGACUUUACCAUGAGGCCCGCCUUCGCAGGUCCGGCUGUGCCUGUUGGAGUUGAUGUUCAGGUGGAGAGCUUGGACAGUAUAUCAGAGGUAGACAUGGACUUCACCAUGACCCUGUAUCUAAGGCACUACUGGAAGGACGAGAGGCUGGCUUUCCCAAGCUCCACCAACAAGAGCAUGACCUUUGAUGGCCGCCUGGUGAAGAAAAUCUGGGUCCCUGAUGUGUUCUUUGUCCACUCCAAGAGGUCUUUCAUCCAUGACACCACUACUGACAACAUCAUGUUGCGGGUCUUCCCAGAUGGUCACGUCCUGUACAGCCUGAGGGUUACAGUCACUGCUGCGUGCAACAUGGAUUUCAGUCGUUUCCCUUUGGACUCGCAGACUUGCACGCUGGAGCUGGAGAGCUACGCUUACACGGAUGAAGACCUGAUGCUGUACUGGAAAAGCGGUGAUGAGUCGCUGAGCACUGAUGACAGGAUUUCUCUGUCUCAGUUCCUCAUCCAGAAGUUUCACACUACCUCCAGACUGGCUUUCUACAGCAGCACAGGUAGACAAAUGCUGAGUGGAGUUUGGCAUAGAUAUUAUACACUUUCACUCCUGCGGCGGCACAUCUUCUUCUUCCUGGGCGGGCCACAGACGCAGACCUACUUCCCCGCCACUCUCAUGGUCAUGCUGUCCUGGGUGUCCUUCUGGAUCGACCGCAGGGCCGUACCUGCCAGAGUCUCAUUAGGUAUAACCACAGUGCUCACCAUGUCCACCAUCAUCACCGGAGUCAACGCCUCCAUGCCCAGGGUCUCCUACAUUAAAGCUGUGGACAUUUACCUCUGGGUCAGUUUCGUCUUUGUCUUCCUCUCCGUGCUUGAGUACGCUGCCGUCAACUACCUGACAACAGUGAGGGAUGGUAAAGACCGCAAGCUCAGAGAAAAGGUCAGGGAACAGUCCCAGACACUCCCCUGCACCUGUGGCAUGUCCCACGCCAGGACCAUGAUGCUGGAUGGUACAUACAGCGAGGCAGAUGCCAACAGCUUGGCAGGGUACACGAGGGCCUCUAUGGCGGCCGAGGAUGCGUCAGAGAAACAGGAGCGAAUGGUGGUGCACCUCUCCCUGGACAACGAGCCCACUGGGACCAAGAAAAAAGGCAUCCGUGGCUUCCGGAUCAUCCAAAACACCCACGCCAUCGACACCUACUCUCGCAUGAUCUUCCCCGGCGCCUACAUCCUGUUUAACCUGAUCUACUGGUGUGUGUACUGCUGAACUGUAGCAGUAAAAGAAAGAACUGCAAAACCUUUUGAUUGACCUUAGAAGAGAGAUCGAGUUGUUUCCAUCUUGCAUGUUCAGGAGUAGCAGUGGGCAUCAGAAGCUUCAGUGGGCAAUCAGAAGCUUCUGGGUCUGAAUAUCUCCAAACACUGGACAGGACCUCUUAUACAGCUUCUCGCUCUUUUACAUAAUCAUAUCACAAGCUCAUAUGUACCCCGGUUAGACUGCAGCAACCUUGUGGGGCUGGUUGCACAAGUUUUGCUCUUAGACUAGUCUGUACAAAAAUAGAAGCAAACUAAUUUUAAGGCUAAAAUGUUACCCCAAGGCUAUGGCAAUGGUAUCCCUGUUGACUCUGCCCACACCAAAGCAGAGAUGACUGCCUACCAGAUACCAUGAUGUUUUAAAGCUUUUGUAGCCAAUUUCCUGUUUGUUUGCCAUUAACUGUUAACACCAUUAAGUUUUUUAUGCCCCUUUGUCUUUCCAUUAAAAAGAUG